AGUAACAAGUUGUCAAAUGAAAUACUUUCAGAGAAUUCUCAAAUUAUUUUCACUCCCCAUUACUGCAUCCCCAGAAUAUUCAUGCCUACUUUGCAGUCGAAUCAUGAUAAAUCUGGGGCCUGUCUUACAAAGAGUUGCAAUUGAUCGGAUCAAUCGUAACUAUGGAAAGCCAGCAAAGUCAACAUAUAAAAUGCCUGUUUGUUCAAGAAAAAUUCUAGAUACGAAUGUAUAUCCAUAAAUUCAUUGAUUUCUUGACAAUUUGGUGUGAUCUCCUUUGUUUGCACAGGACAUUUUGCAAAUUUCCUAUAGAAAAGAAUAUGACACUGAUGGAUUUCCAUAGAGUUACCAUUGAUUGGAUCAAUCGUAACUCUUUGUAUGACGGGACCCUGGAGUUGCAGUACAAAUUCAGUGCUUUUAGUUGGUUUUCAGUUUGUAAUUUGGAUAUACAAUCUUAAUCUCACUCAUAACCAUAAAAAAAUGGAACUGAAAUGAACAUGGUGACCUUGUUUCUUAAAUAUGGGCAAGCCUCUAUUUGCUUUGUAAAUAUACUCCAGAUUCUGCAUUUUUUAAUGGCAAACCUUGCUUUUUCAGAGGGGAUUUUAGGCCUGGAAUCAAAUACGCUGACUUGAGAAAAUAAAAUUGGUUGUCAAAUCUUGGCAUAUGUUGAAUGAAUUUGGGGUGUAUUACCCUUCUACCAACAUUCUGUUUGGAUUUUUUUUUUUCAAUUAUGUCUGUACUUAAACAAUGAUUAUUUAUGAGUGAUAUUAAGAGAGUAAUAAUGCAGUAUGAGGCAAUUUCCGGUAGAACUGCAUGAAUGUUUUGGUUGUCAAAAUAUGAGCAGUUGAGUGAGUUCUAUUGGAAAUAAAGACUAGAUUUACAUUUUCUUGUAAUAACUUGAUUCAACCUUUUUUUCAAGAGAAAUGCAUAUAUUGACUGAUGUUAUUUUGCUGUUUUUUGCAGGCCCUAACAGAAGAAGGUGCAGAUCCAAACACAAUUGUCAUUGAUGGAACAGGUGCCAAAGGUACAGCUCGAAAGGCAACACCAAGGAGAUCAGCUGGCAAACAAGAUGAGGAGCAGGAGGAACAUAUGGAAGAAUUAGAGCCAGACGAGCUGAUGGAUGGUGACUAUCUGCAGGUCGAUUCCACCGGGGAUCCCAGUAUGGAUGGUCUCUCUCAAGAGAGCAUGGAUGCUGGUGCUGUAGACUUCCAGAUCUCGGACGAGGAUGUAAUUGGGAAGCUUGACCCCGAGACUGUCAUUGAUUCAGUGGAUUGUGAAAUGGACGACAUGAAUGACGAUGCUAUCAACAUCACUGCCGAUGAUGACCAACUACUCACCGAAGAUGAAGCACUAGGUGACCAGGUAGAGGAGACCAAAGCAGCAAAUGUUUCUGGGCAUGAAAGCUCUACUUAUGAAGAUCACUUUAAAACCUCAGCUGAAACAGAUAAUUCCGGGUUAUCCUCGACGGGAGCUAAAGAUGCCGUUGAUUCCAACAAGGUGGAGAAGGAAACCACUGACGCAUCCACCACAGAGAAGCAAGAAGUUGAUAACGAGUCCCUGGUGGUACAUGUCGAUGAGCCUUCAAUCUUGGAGCUUGAAGGAGUGCUAACCAAACCAGAAAACAAGGCCGCAGCUGAAGACACACCUGCAGUCGUGCAGGCUGAUGCGGAUACCCAGAAGGAAUCCACCCCUGGGAAGGAGAAAUGGGAGUUGGAAACUCAGGAGAAGAAAGACGAAGGAGAAUCUUCUGAGCAAGCCGAACAAGCUGUUAGUAAGACAGAUGAGGAGACAGCUGGGGAUAGCACUGCUAGUGUUGAGACAACGGGGGACAAGAAAGAUUCCCCUGAGGAAGUCUCCACGGAAGAUGCCGAGCGGAGAAGCUCUACUGGUUCUAGCACUGGCAAACCUGGCUCAGAGAAGGAGCGUCGUCCAGGCACCGGAAGAGUAGGUGGCCGUAACCUCUGGGUGUGUAAUCUCUCCAAGACCACACGUGCAGCCGAUCUGAAGGCAGCAUUCAGCAAGUAUGGGAAGGUUGCUGGUGCCAAGGUCGUGACCAACGCCCGUAGUCCCGGAACCUUAUGCUAUGGAUUUGUGAUGAUGUCUGCAAGCUCCGAAGCUCAGAGGGCUAUGAAUCAUCUCCAUCGUACUGAGCUCCAUGGCAGAACUAUCCAUGUUGAAUGGGCUGGUAAUGAUCCUGUUCCAGGAGGGAGGAAGCCGCCUCUCAUUCCACCGUCACUGCUCCUGGCGGAGAAGGAGAAAGAGAAGGAAAGGGAAAAGGAGAAGGAGAAGGAGAAGGAGAAAGCUAAGGAAGAGGCCAAUGCCGCUGCUUCUGUGGCGGUGAAAACUGAAAAAGAAGAGACCAAACCUGCUGAAGAGAAGACUGGCAGUGAUAGCAAGGAAACAAAGCCGCCUGCAGCAUCUCCAGCUGGAAAAUCCCCUGCCAAGGCUGGUGAUGAUAACAAAUCAACUUCCAAGACAGAACCAGUAUCAGAUACAGAAUCAAAAUCACAGUCUGAAAGCAAGGAGAAGUCUGAUAAAGACAAAGAGAGGGAUAGGAAAGACAUCCUAUCUUUUGAUAAGAUCAAAGAGCAGCGUGAUAGAACCAGACUUACCAAAAGAGAAAGAGAAUUGAGAGAUAUGGAGAGACGCAAAGAGAGGGAGAGGAUGGCAAACUUCAGAAGGCAGCGAGAAAUUCUGAGACGUCGCAAAAGGGAGGAGGAAGAUAAGGUUAGGAGGGAACGUGAUCAACUGAAAAUGCAGCGCAUGCAACUUGAGCAGGAGCGACAGGAAAGGGAGAGGCUUGAGCGAGAAAGAAUGCGUCUUCAGCAAGAGAGGCAGAGAGAGCAAGAGAGGUUGGAAAGGGAAAGGGCUCUAAACAUGCAGCUACGACUUGAGCAAGAGCAUCGUACAGCGAUGAAACGCACCAUGGAUGCCAGAGGUAUGCCCAUGCAUGAGAUGGAUCCAUACAUGGGAGAGCAGAAGCGCAGAAUGGCUAUGGAGACUGGCCUGUUGCCACCACCUGUCAUGAUGCAAGGUCCUAUGGAUGUUGCUGGGGGGAUGAUGAACCAGAGGGGGCCAGACAUGGGAGGCGAGCGGAGGUUUGAUAGGACGCACCAUCGGGGAGGUGAUCGACGGGAUGAUACAGGUGGACGCUUCAGUGGAGGAAGGUUCCGAGAUGAUGGACGGAACCAGAGAGCCGACAGGGCAGGGGCACGCCGAGAUGAGCCGAGGAAAGACAGGAGAGAAGAUUCAAGACGCGAUGAUUCUAGAAAAGAUACCAGGAGAGAUGAAGCGCGAAGAGAUGAUGUUCGAAGGGAUGAAGGAAGAAGAGAAGAUGUACGGAAAGAGGUUCAUCGUCGUGAUGGGCCAACAAGAAGGGAUGAUCAUCAUUCGAGGAGGGAGGAGCCAGCUAGGAGAGAGGAGCCAGCUAGGAGAGAGGAGCCAGCUAGGAGAGAGGAGCCAGUCAGGAGAGAAGAAGCCCCUCGUAGACCAGACGCUCAGCGAAGAUCAUCAGCAGGCAGGAGAGAAGAGAAUUUCCCGAGAAGAGAUGUCAGAGAAACACGAGAACCCAGAGAAACGAGAGAAACAAGAGAAGCUAGAGAGCCAAGAACCACCGCUCCUCCACAUCAGAGGCAGGAAGCUCCUCGCCGUGUUGAUCCUCCUAAAAGAGAGGAACCUCCCAGGAGGGAACCCCAUUCUCAAGGGCGUUUUGGUGGAGAAAAGGAUGAGAGGCGUGUCAUAGCUACCAACACCCGUAACGAAAGAUACGAUAAUCAGGGAGGUAGAGCUCCACAGGAAGAUUUCAACAACCGUGGCAAUACUGGGUUCCAGGAUAGGCGAAGGAAUGACCGAGAGAGAGAUCGCCCUUUAUCCGACACAUAUGCUCGCAGAGAACCAGAGAGAGACAGAGGUAACUUCAACCAGGACCGGAAUCGCUUUGAUGGAGCUGGAGAUACACACUUUCAGCGUAGAUCUCCUCCAGCAAGAAGCAAGCCCCAGCCUAGCAGAGGGGACAACUGGAAACCAGAUCAUCAUGGCGGUUCAUCCAAUAGUGAUACUAGGAGAGUCACCAGUGGAGACCAUGAUUCUUGGAAGCCGAACCAAGCUCCCCGUCAGACCAGUGACCGCAGGGUAGAGCUCAGAACCGUUGAUCACCACCAUGAGCGUCCAGCCCCCAGAGAGAUCGUGGAUCACCCUUCUACCUUCAGUCGUAACAGGUUGCCUGAUUUCCAGCCAAACAUGAACCAAGAACCCAGUGGAUGGACGGGAGGCAACGACAAUCGUCCUAUUGGUAGUUUCAACGACAGACCACUCAUACAGGAUCCCUUGCCAAGGCACACCCCGAGCAGUGACAUCAGCACGGGCAUCAUUGGGAGUUCCUCCAGAGGAGAGAAGUGGCCUGCCGGCAGGAUAGAUUCGGGCCUCGGCACUCAACCAGACCGAUGGGGUGGGGGUAAUUCUCUAUCAGCCAUGUCUUCCUCCCUCGCCUCAAGCAUUUCUCAGAGUUCCCAACCCCUCAACUCCAUGCUUGGCGGCACAGGAUCAUCCAGCUUUGGAAGUACUGCAUUUGGCAAUAACGCGCUUGGUAACCUCCUCAGCAGUAUGAAUGCCAGUACAGGUGGGUCUAGCUAUGGAUUAGACAGACACAACUUACCAGCUGAUAAUCGUUUUGAUUCAUUCCAAGGUACGCAAGGGAUACGCCGAUUUUAAUAUCAGUCUCUUUUGCCCUUGUUGCAAAGAUUUUACGGUCAGAUGUGUCAAAAUCAUAUCUUGGUUAAGUACUCUGUAUAAAUAUUUUUAUCAAUGUCUAUGUUCCCUUUUAUUUACAAGAUUUAUUUCACGAAAAAUAUGGCAACAUGGGGCAGCACUUUUUAAACAUGGACAUAUCAUUAUGUUCCCUUACAUGUAUCAAGUAGUAUGCUUUGCGGAGAAAACAAUGAGUUGAAUUUUGUGUGCUGGAAGAUAUGCAAGCAUUUUCUUCUCUUUUAGAUGCAUUUCAAUUGAUCUUGUUCCUAUACACAGCCAGAAUUCAAGAUACGUAUGUUUUUUUUUAUCCCAUGAUUAUGUAAUUGCUUUACUGCGAUAUGCUGUAAUUUUCACCUUCUUCAGCUUUUUUGCAUUAGUUCAAACUUAUGAAAUGACUGCAUAAUAGGGAUCCUUCCCUCAACUCGAGUUGUAUUUAGUAGACAUUUUAUUGUAUUUGCUUCCUUGUGCUGCCAAUGUUCCCAAAUAUUAUACUAUUGCUGUUAAGGGUAAUCAUUUUCUGUUAAGAUUAAAAAAGAACACUUUUAGAUUAAUCUUUAUUUUUCUGUAAUUAGAAACAUAAUUUGCAGAUUUGCUCUGAUAAAAAUUCCCUCCCCCAAUACUUUCAAAUAUUGUUACCCCUUUGUAAAUAGAAAUUCAAGUCUUCAAUUCCUUUCUAACAGUAUUCAUGAAAAUAUUAAGAUUAUAAAAAUGAAAAAGUUAUAAAAAAACGUUCUAACUUUAAAAGAUAUGUGCAAGUUUGAUUAAUGUCUUGAUCACAUGUGUCAUUGAAAUAAAUUUCUUUUUUCCUUAUGGAAUAUAUCAAUAUAGAAGGAGCUUUUCUGUUUUGAUUAAUAGUUAGAGUUUCAUGUGCACGUCGUUAGGUGAGUUCUAGUAUGCUUGAUGAUUAUGACCGAAGAUUUACCAAACUUUUGAUCAACUCCAUUGAUUAAGAUGUAAUGAGCACUCGCGUUUGUAAAUACAUGAUUUCCCAAUUUACUACAUUGAUACUGGAACAUAAAAUUAUUGUCUUUUUGAAAUCAUAUUAGAGAUAAUCGAGUCAUGUACUGAACAUGAACAAGAAAAUUAUUGUUUUUCUGCUUUGUUAGAGUCUAGUUUUAGGAAUACAACACAGAGCUAUUGAUAGUUGUUUUCAUUUGAAUUGUUGGGAGAUAUGGUUAAUUAUGUUUACAUGAUACACUAAAGUUUUGCUUGAGAAAUAAAGUAAAUGGUUACGGUAUACAGUUUCAGUUUUACAGGAAUUUGGUUGUACAUUAUGAUUUGAUCAUUCUUUUAGAUUUACAAUUUUUGGUUAUGAUUAGGAAUAUUUAGAAUGUAAGACUUUGUUUUUCUAUAAUGAGGUAAUAUGGCAAGUGAUUUUUCCUUUGAAUUUUUCCAAAUAAUGUGCACAUUUAAGGCCCUAGUUUUUGCUCCUUUUCUCGCAAAUUAGAGAUACAUCUAGCCACAAAGCCAAUAGGAAAUUGAUCAUUCUUGCUUUUGUCAUUCAAAAAAUUUAUUGUUAUUACACUGUAAUUUGUAUAUAUAUGCUUGUAUAUUAUUGUGGGAGAAAUUCUUUCCAAUGGUUAUGGGAUCUAUUUGCCUUUUCUUUCCCCCCAAGAUGUACUCUCGUUGUCAAUGCCAAUUCAUAUGUUUAGAUGGUUCAAUCAAGGCUUAUGUGUACAUGUCUAGGUGUGUGUAUUGAGACUGCAUAUUUCAUUUUUCAUGAUGUGUCAUUAUAUUUUACCCAUUUAAGAUAAAGCUGCAUCUUGUGACUGGAAUAUUUUUCAGUCAAGGAAACUGUCAUGAUUUGUAUGCAAGUAUUUGCUUUUCAUACCUCAAGCUUCAUCCUGUGUGUUUUUAAAUAAUCCAAUAUUUCAUAUUUCCCAAAAGAAGCACCCAACUGGUUCAGUAUAGUAUGUAUUUUUGUUGUGUAUGGCUCUGCAUUGAAUCACAGGUUUUUGUACAUUUUUUUCUUCUUUUUUAUUCAUGUUUUUAGGAAAGAAAAUGUUCACUUAUAUGUGCAAGAAAAUAAAAACUCAGAUAGUGGAGCUUUGAGAGACCACCCUGUCCCCGAAAAUGUAAUUUUUUAGAAAAUGUGUAUUUUCAGAAGAACAGAAAUUACACUUCUGCACUAAUGAUUGGAAUUCAAAAUGCAUAACAUUUAUAAUGGGCAGGUAACUUUCUUUUUGGAGAUCGUAAAGUGUGAAUUUACCCUUUUUUGUUUUAUUUCACCUCAUGUAACCCAGGAAGUGUUUCGAGCAAAUGGAUAUUGUGUAACUACAAGGCUUGCAGAUGAUUUGUAAAUUCUUUUAACAGUGACUCAGAAUAAAUUCAGCUGACAUGAGAUUAAAAAAAAAACCUUA